UUCUUAUGGCUUUGUCAAGCUAAGGCCUCGAUGAAAAUUGAGGUAUCACUAUGUUGGUAAUUAUUUAGUGAAGCCAUGUACCUACGAUUUUCCCCCGAAAGGCUGUAUCAAAUAAUCGACUACUCACAUAAUUAUAGAUACACAGUGCCGGUGUUUGCGAAAUCUUAGGGAUUUUACAAACUGUCAACAGUUAUCAUUUGAACUUUAAACGCGUAGUCACUAAUCAAAAGUUACAUUAACAAACCUCAAAAUCAGUACGUGACUUAGCAAUGAAAAGAGAACGUGUGAUUUUGGCCUAUUCAGGUGGUUUAGAUACAAGUUGUAUAUUGAAAUGGCUACUAGAAAAAGAUUACGAGGUUAUAUGCUACAUUGCUGAUGUUGGGCAAGAUGAAGAUUUCGGCGCAGCCAAAACAAAAGCGCUAAACAUUGGCGCGAGCGAUGUCAUAAUCGACGACUUAAAAGUUACGUUCGUCGAAGACUAUAUUUUUCCAGCAAUUCAAGCUGGUUUGCUAUACGAGGCUAGGUACCUUUUAGGCACAUCAUUAGCCCGACCGUGUAUUUCGACUGGUUUAAUGAAAUGUUAUUCCCAACACAAUGCCCAAUACAUAUCCCAUGGUGCCACUGGAAAAGGGAACGAUCAAGUUCGAUUUGAGUUGUCGUGCUACUCAAUGUGCCCUUCACUAAAGGUGAUUGCGCCUUGGCGUGAUCCGGAGUUUACCUCAAAGUUUCAAGGAAGGAAGGAUUUAUUGGAAUUUGCGGCUAGAAAUAAAAUUCCAGUUUCUGCAACGCCUAGCGCUCCUUGGAGUACUGACGCAAAUUUAAUGCACAUCAGCUACGAAUCGGGAAUUUUGGAGAAUCCUUCAAACGAAGCUCCCGCCGAUUUAUACACGAUCACGUCAAACGUUGAGGAAACUCCAGAUGAGCCCUGUAUUCUUCAAAUUAGUUUCAAGAACGGCUUACCGACUAGUGUAACUUUCAAAAACAAUCAACGCAUAGAAAAUUCUUUGGAGAUGUAUAUGAAACUCAAUGGUAUAGGAGGAAUACAUGGCGUGGGAAGGAUUGAUAUUGUGGAAAACAGGUUUAUUGGUCUAAAGUCGAGAGGAAUCUAUGAAAGUCCCGCAGCCCAUAUUAUGCAUGUGGCCCAUCAAGAUUUAGAAAUAUUCUGUUUAGAUAAAGAAAUUUAUAGGAUUAAACAAAGCUUAUCCGAUAAAUUAUCGGAAUCUGUGUACAAUGGAUUUUGGUUUUCGCCCGAAGCGGAUUACUUAAGAAAAUGUAUUUCAAUUUCUCAAGAAAUGGUAUCGGGCACAGUCAAAUUAAAAGUGUAUAAAGGAAAUGUGUUCGUUUUGGGACGUUAUUCCGAAGUUUCUUUGUACAACGAAGAUUUGGUAUCUAUGGAUAGACAUUCUGAUUUUACUCCCUCAGAUGCAACCGGAUUUAUCAACAUUCACGCUAUACGCUUGAAAGAAUACUUUCGUUACAAGAAACAAAGAAGUAUUAAAGAAAAUGUAUCUGUAAAUUGUGAAAUAUUGAAUUGAUUGAUUGAUUCUAUAAACGAAAUAACAAUUAAUUAAAGAAA